AUUUCCUAUUUUUUGAUUUUAGAAUAGAGUCUAAAAAUGUCUUUAGCUGAUGAACUUCUGGCUGAUCUUGAUGCUAUUGAAGAUGAGGAAACCGGAACAAAUCAGGAAGACGAUGACAUCAAAGAAGCUAUGGAGCUUGAUGAAAACGCAACAGAAAUAUCUUCAAAGUCUGUUAGAAGCAUCGCUAAACUGCGAGACAGUGAAGAGUUUCAAACUACUUUAAAACAAAUGGACGAAUUCCUCGAAAAUCCUCGGAGCAGAGAUAAUGUUUUAGGCCCUGUGGAGGUAGACCCUGAGUACAGACUUAUUGUGAAUGCUAACAAUUUGACGGCUGAAAUAGAAAAUGAGACGAACAUUAUUAAUAAAUACUGUCGCGAUAACUAUUCCAAACGUUUUCCUGAGUUGGACUCGCUCGUUCCAAAUGCACUGGAAUAUAUUCAAACUGUCCAAGCAUUAGGAAAUGAUCUGGAUCCUAAUAAAAUUGAUAAUUUAGACUUCUUGCCACCAGCUACGCGUAUGGUGGUGAGUGUUACGGCAUCAACUACCCAAGGUGUAAAAAUAGAAGAAGACGAACUUGUAAAUAUUAAUGAAGCAUGUCAAAUGAACAUGGACUUAAUGAAUGCUAAAAUGAAAAUAUUUCAAUAUGUUGAGUCUCGUAUGUCAUUCAUAGCACCUAAUUUAUCUGUUAUAGUGGGUGCGUCCACUGCUGCUCGAGUAAUGGGGGUGGCUGGUGGACUGACGAAUUUAUCCAAAAUGCCUUCAUGCAACAUUAUGCUUCUUGGUGCGCAGAAAAAGACUUUAUCUGGCUUUUCCAUGGCCUCUUCACAAGUACUACCACAUACUGGAUUUAUAUAUUACAGUGAAAUUGUUCAGGCCCUCCCACCGUACCUGAGAAGAAAAGGAGCUCGCCAAGUGUCAGCAAAAUGUACGCUAGCUGCCAGAAUAGAUAGCUUUCAUGAAUCGCUAGAUGGAUCUGCUGGUCGGAAGUUGUUGGAAGAAUUGGAAAGGAAGUUUGAUAAAUGGCAAGAACCGCCCCCUGUCAAAGAAGUAAAGGCGUUGCCCCGCCCUGAUGAUGCUCCAAGACAAAAACGUGGCGGAAGGCGAGUGCGAAAGAUGAAGGAGAAAUUUGCAGUCACUGAAAUGAGGAGACAAGCAAGUAGAGUAACGUUUGGAGAAAUAUCGGAGGAUGUGUAUCAGGAACAUAUGGGAUUUGGAAUCGGGUCACUUGCGAAAGAUUCGAAAUCUGGAAAAGUUCGCAACGCUGCUAUUGACAAAAAAACUCAAGUUUCCAUUUCGAAACGACUUCAAAGAAAUCUGGCGAAUAUGAAUCAAGCGUACGGUGGCAAAUCUACCGUGAGAAGUCACGUUUCAGGGACUGCGUCUAGUGUUGCAUUUACACCGUUACAAGGGAUCGAAAUUGUGAACCCUAAAGCAGCAGAAAAACGAGUGCAGGAGGCGAAUGCGAAGUACUUUUCCAAUCAGUCAGGUUUUCUUAAUAUAAAGAAGAAAGAAACAAAAGAAUGAAGAUGUAAUGCCACUUUUUAAAUCUCAUUUUGAUGCCAUAAUUUUGAGGAACGUCAUAAUUGUGACGGACGUUUUGUAGUAAAUAUCUGCUUUUUCUACGAGUUAUGUAUGAAGGUUAAUAUAGUUGUCAGCCAAAUAAAUUCUACAAGUACCCAA